ACCCGAUUAGCCUUUUCUCGCUCUCAUUUGUAUCUCGAGCUCACUGUCAUUGAGAUUUCUAGGGUUUUGGAAAGCACUUCGAAUCGAGAGUUUCGCCGCCGGAGAAGAAGCCAUGGCGACUACGAAGGUGCAGCGGAUUAUGACCCAACCCAUCAAUCUCAUCUUCAGGUUUCUCCAAAGUAAAUCUCGUAUCCAGAUUUGGCUUUUUGAGCAGAAGGACGUGAGGAUUGAAGGCCGUAUAAUUGGCUUUGAUGAGUAUAUGAAUUUGGUGUUGGAGGAUGCUGAAGAACUUAACGUCAAAAAGAAAACUAGAAAACAAUUGGGGAGGAUCCUCCUUAAAGGUGACAACAUCACAUUGAUGAUGAACACGGGAAGGUAAUGAUCCUGUCUUUUCUCAAUGACAUAAUCCUUUGUGAUUUUUCGAGGUGGUUGUGUAGUGUAAUGUGUUUUGGAUGCCUCGCGUCUUUUGUUAUGUAGUGGGAUACUGUAUCAAUCCAUUGCAUCUGGAUUCAAGAUUUUUUUUUUUUCUAAAUUACAUAGUUGUGAUCGCACGUGAUGCGCACUGGUACAUCGAUGAGUUGAUUUUUUUUUUUUAUUGACUUUUGUAUUGCCUUGUUAAUUUCUUCUUCUAAUGUGCUUAAUAUCGAUUAGUUCUGUACGUUA